AUGCAGAAUCAUCCUGAGGUGGACGCCACCAAGAUGGGCGUGGGCAAGUCGAUCGCCGUCCUGACCUCAGGAGGAGAUGCGCAGGGGAUGAACGCUGCUGUAAGAGCAACAGUCAGAGUGGGCAUCUACACUGGCGCCAAGGUUUACUUUGUCCAUGAGGGUUACCAGGGGCUCGUGGACGGAGGGGACAACAUUCGCCUGGCCACAUGGGAGAGCGUGUCUAUGAUGCUACAGCUGGGUGGCACGGUGAUUGGUAGUGCCCGCUGUCAGGAUUUCCGCACUAAAGAGGGUAGAAGCAAGGCGGCCUAUAACCUGGUGAAGCUGGGCAUCACCAACCUGUGUGUGAUUGGUGGAGACGGCAGCCUGACUGGAGCCAAUGAGUUUCGCAAUGAGUGGAGUGAGCACCUUGCCAUCCUGGUCAAAGCAGGUAAGAUCAGCGUGGAAGAGGCCAAGCGGUCAUCUCACUUGCACAUUGUUGGAAUGGUGGGCUCUAUUGAUAAUGAUUUCUGUGGGACUGACAUGACGAUUGGCACGGACUCCGCCCUGCACAGAAUCAUGGAGGUGGUGGAUGCUAUUACUACCACUGCUCAGAGUCACCAGAGAGCCUUCAUACUGGAAGUGAUGGGCAGGCACUGCGGGUAUCUGGCGUUGGUAACUGCUCUGGCUUGUGGAGCUGACUGGGUUUUCAUUCCAGAGAUGCCACCAGAUGAAGGCUGGGAGGAACAUCUGUGUCGGAGACUGGCCGAGCAAAGGGGGCGCGGCUCUCGUCUGAAUAUCAUCAUUGUGGCUGAGGGAGCUUUGGAUCGCCAUGGUAAACCCAUCACCUGUGACAUGAUCAAAAAUUUGGUGUCUAAGAGGUUGGGUUUUGACACUCGUUCGACUAUUCUGGGUCACGUACAGAGAGGAGGCACACCUUCAGCUUUCGACAGAAUACUGGCUAGCAGGAUGGGGGUGGAGGCGGUAAUGGCAUUGUUGGAGGCCACACCUGAGACUCCUGCCUGUGUGGUCAGCCUGUCUGGGAACAUGGCCGUCAGACUUCCCCUAAUGGAAUGUGUGCAAGUGACUAAAGAUGUGACUAAAGCGAUGGCUGAGGGCAGGUUUCAGGAUGCUGUGAAGCUGAGGGGAAGGAGUUUUGAGCAUAACCUGGAGACCUAUAAGCUGUUGGCCCAUGUGCAUCUUCCUGACGUGAAGAGUAAUAUAAACAUAGCCAUUCUGAAUGUGGGGGCACCCUGCGCGGGGAUGAAUGCGGCUGUGAGAUCAUCAGUCAGAAUCGGGAUCCUACAGGGACACAACAUGCUGGUGGUUCAUGACGGCUUUGAGGGACUCGCUCAAGGACUGAUUGAACCAGUCACAUGGGCUGGAGUUGCAGGGUGGACAGGAAAAGGCGGGUCUAACUUAGGUACCAAGAGAACCCUGCCAGCUGGUAUGUUGGAGGAGAUCAGUCAGACCAUUGCUAAGUUUAAUAUCCAUGCUCUCGUCAUCAUUGGUGGAUUUGAGGCGUUUCUGGGUGGGUUGCAGUUGGUGACAGGGAGAGAGAAAUAUGAGGAAUUGUGUGUUCCGCUGGUGGUUGUUCCUGCGACAGUCUCCAACAAUGUUCCCGGAUCAGACUUCAGCAUCGGCGCAGAUACAGCCCUCAACACCAUCACCAUGACGUGUGACAGAAUAAAGCAGUCGGCUGCAGGCACUAAGCGUCGUGUGUUUAUCAUUGAGACAAUGGGAGGAUACUGUGGGUAUCUGGCCACCAUGGCAGGCCUGGCCUCAGGAGCAGACGCCGCCUACAUCUUUGAAGAACCCUUUGGCAUUCAUGAGCUGGAGAUGAAUGUGCAGCAUUUGGUGGAGAAAAUGAAAACCACCGUGAAAAGAGGUCUCAUUCUCAGGAAUGAGGAUUGUAAUGCCAAUUACACCACAGACUUCAUCUUUAAACUGUACUCAGAGGAGGGCAAAGGCGUGUUCGACUGCCGUAUGAAUGUCCUGGGGCACAUGCAGCAGGGUGGGACUCCCACUCCGUUUGACAGGAACUUUGGGACUAAGAUGGGGGCGAAGGCAGUGCUGUGGCUGACAGAUAAACUGAAAGAAUGUUACAGACACGGCCGCAUCUUUGCAAACACACCAGACUCAGCGUGUGUGCUGGGGAUGAAGAGGAGGAGUCUGGUCUUCCAGUCUCUGGCUGAGCUAAAGGAUCAGACUGACUUUGAGCAUCGCAUUGCUAAGAUCCAGUGGUGGCUGCGUCUUAGACCCAUUCUGAAGAUUCUGGCCAAAUACAAGACCAAUCUGGACACUUCAGAGAAGGCAGCUAUGGAGCAUGUUAUCAAGAAGAGAGGAGCAAUCUAA